AUGCUCGCACGCGCAGCCACCCCGCGCCUGACAGCGGGUGGGCGCAGCGGCGGCGCGGCGGCGGCCUCCGCCGUGCCACGCCUGCCCGCCGCCAGCGGCGUGUCUGCAUGCAGCCCCUUCCGCAGGCUGCACACCCUGCCCGCCGCAGCGGUGGCGACUAGCAAGCUGUGGCACGGCGACAGCUUCAGCCGGCACGCGGUGCUAGCCCCGAGGCCUGCCCCCCACCGGCAGCUGGCGCGCACGGUCGCGCAGGCUGCGGGGCAGCAGGGCGGCGGCAAGCGCAUCAGCCAGAGCGACUUCACUGAAAAGGCGUGGGAGGCCAUCAUCUCCGCCCCCGAGGUCGCCCGCGGCUACAGCCAGCAGAUUGUGGAGACGGAGCACCUGUUCAAGGCGCUGCUGGAGCAGCCCAACGGCCUGGCGCGCCGCAUCCUGUCCAAGGCGGGCGCCAACCCCACACAGGAGCUGAAGCAGCGGUGGCAGGCCCAGUAUGUGAGCGUGGAGGAGCUGGUGGCGGCGAUGGCGGAUGACGCGCGGUUUGGGGAGGCGCUGUUCCGUGAGAUUGGCGACCAGAACCCUGAGGGCAAGUACGAGGCUUUGACCAAGUACGGGCGGGACUUGACGCAGGCGGCGCGGGAGGGCAAGCUGGACCCAGUGAUCGGCAGGGACGACGAGGUGCGGCGCGCCAUCCAGAUAUUGUCCCGCCGCACCAAGAACAACCCGGUGCUGAUCGGCGAGCCCGGCGUGGGCAAGACGGCGGUGGCUGAGGGUCUGGCGCAGCGCAUCGUGGCGGGGGACGUUCCCGCCUCGCUGCAGGGCCGCGCGCUCAUCGCGCUGGACAUCGGCGCCCUGGUGGCGGGCGCCAAGUACCGCGGCGAGUUUGAGGAGCGGCUCAAGGCGGUGAUCAAGGAGGUGCAGGACUCGCAGGGGCAGAUCGUGCUGUUCAUCGACGGUGAGGACGCGCUGGUCAUUGACGGGGUGGGGCUGGGGCUGGGCGUGGGGCUGGGGGUGGGACUGGAGAUCCACAACAUCGUGGGCGCGGGCAAGAGCGACGGCGCCAUGGAUGCCUCCAACCUGCUCAAGCCGAUGCUGGCUCGCGGGGAGCUGCGGUGCAUCGGGGCCACCACGCUGGACGAGUACAGGCAGUACAUCGAGAAGGACCCGGCGCUGGAGAGGCGCUUCCAGCAGGUCUACGUGGACCAGCCCUCGGUGACAGACACCAUCUCCAUCCUACGCGGCCUGCGCGAGCGCUACGAGCUGCACCACGGCGUCAAGAUCUCCGACUCGGCGCUGGUAGAGGCGGCGGUGCUGAGCGACCGAUACAUCGCAGACCGCUUCCUGCCGGACAAGGCGAUCGACCUGGUUGAUGAGGCGGCUGCCAAGCUGAAGAUGGAGAUCACCAGCAAGCCGCUGGCUCUGGACGAGGUGGACCGCAAGGUGCUGCAGCUGGAGAUGGAGCGGCUGAGCCUGGUGAAGGCGGCCGACACGGACCGCGGCGCACGGCAGCGCCUGGCGGGCCUCGACUCCCAGCUGGCGGCGCUCAAGGAGCAGCAGGCGGAGCUGAAUGCGAUGUGGGAGGAGGAGCGGGACGAGAUGAGCAAGGUGCAGCAGCUUAAGGGCGAGAUCGACCGAGUGAACAUCGAGAUACAGGCCGCCGAGCGCGACUACGACCUCAACCGCGCCGCUGAGCUCAAGUACGGCACGCUGCUGGAGCUGCAGAAGCAGCUGGUGGCGGCGGAGCAGCAGCUGGACCAGGCUGAGUCGACCAACCGCAUGCUUCACAGCGAGGUGACGCAGGAGGACAUUGCAGAGAUUGUGUCCAAGUGGACCGGCAUCCCGGUCUCCUCCCUCAAGGCCAGCGAGCGCGAGAAGCUGCUGCACCUGGCCGACGAGCUUCACAGGCGGGUGAUUGGGCAGGAGGAGGCGGUGGAGGCAGUGGCCGACGCCAUCCAGCGCUCGCGGGCCGGCCUGCUGGACCCCAACCGCCGCAUAGUCUCCUCCUUGUUCUUCGUGCGCCCGGGCGGGGGGGGCAAGAAAGAGCUCGAGGAGGCGCUGGCGGAAUACAUGUUUGACACCGAGGCCGCCAUCGUGCGGCUGGACAUGAGCGAGUACAUGGAGAAGCACACUGUCAGCCGCCUGAUCGGCGCGCCCCCGGGCUACGUCGGUUACGAGGAGGGAGGACAGCUGACGGAGGCGGUGAGGCGGCGCCCCUACGCCGUCAUUCUGUUCGAUGAGGUGGAGAAGGCGCACGGCGACGUGUUCAACAUCCUGCUGCAGAUACUGGAUGACGGCCGUGUGACAGACGCGCAGGGGCGGGUGGUCAACUUCAAGAACGCCGUCAUCAUCCUCACCUCCAACAUCGGCUCCGCCACCAUCCUCGAGUCGAUGAGCCACGGCGAUUUUGAGAGCAUGAAGAACCAGGUCACGCAGCAGGUGCGUAUGCACUUCCGCCCCGAGUUCAUCAACCGCAUCGAUGAGUUCAUCGUGUUCCAGGGGCUGCGCCGCGAGCAGAUCAAGAGCAUCGUGCAGCUCCAGGCGCGGCGCGUGGAGAAGCGGCUGGCGGAGAAGAAGAUGCGGAUGGAGCUGCAGGAGUCGGCGGUGGAGUACCUGGCGACGCGCGGCUACGACCCCGCCUUUGGCGCCCGCCCCGUGAAGCGCGUGGUGCAGCAGGAGCUGGAGACGGCGCUGGCUAAGGGCAUCCUGCGCGGCGACUUUGCGGAGGAGGACACGGUGGUUGUGGAGGCCCCCGGCGGCGCCUCUGCCACCCACCUGGUUGUGCGGUGCAAGGGGGGCAGCGGCGCCGAGGUUGACCAAGGCGCCAACCCGGCGGAGCUGGCGGUGUGA